UCCAAUGCAGUAUAUGUGUGUGGCGUAUACUGGAGCUGUGCUUCCUUUACGCUAGAGCCACCUUUGUGUCUAGCUGAUGAAUCAGAGGGGUUUACUUUAACAAGGGCGGCGGGUUCGAGUUGAUGAAACGGAGAGGAACCGCUUUGAAGAAGUGGAUCGGGACUGGUAUAAUGCACCCUCCCUCUUAAGAACUACUACAAAGGGAGUGAACGGAGAGAGUUCCGCUGCGUAAACCGACACCGACCAUCGUAUCGCUCGCUCUUCCAGCCGUCAAAGAAAAAAGCAUGGGUGAAAACAAAGAGAACUGAGAGUCUUUCUUUGAGACAUUUUGGGAUUUCUUGUUCACGUUUCGAAAUGAUGCCGUUAUAAGACGACGCGCUGUGUUUUCAUGCGUUUUGGACGCGCUGACAGCCCGUGUGUGUUACGCACUGACUCACCAAAGGAGCAGUUGUGAAUCUGGAUCAUCCGCGCCUCGUCGUCCAAUCAGAAUCUGCAUUCUGUGGAGUGAAAAAGCGAGUGGGACCGGUGAAAUGGUCUGGGCCAAAGUCCUUCUAGUGAUGUUCGUGAUCGGGUUUGAAAAGGGGAUUUGUGUUAACUGGAACCCCGUCCCACGCAAGACAGUUAAAUAUAAUGAUGUGCAUGACAGUAUGGCGAGGUUUCACUCUGUUGGGGUGUGGAACUACACCAUGUUGACCCUGGCAGAACAUGAGAGAGUUUUGUACGUGGGAGCCCGAGAGCACAUCUUCGCUCUGGAUCCCAAUGACAUCAGCCGACAGCUCCGACCGCAGAUUGAGUGGUCUGCUCCUGUGGAAAAGAAAAAAGAGUGUGCAGCGAAGGGGAAGAAUAACCAGACUGAGUGCUUCAACUACAUUCGCUUCCUGCAGAGCUACAACCACACUCACCUGUACACAUGUGGAACAUAUGCCUUCCAGCCCAAAUGCACCUACAUUAAUGCAGAUCACUUCACUCUGGACAGCACCACCCUGGAGGACGGCAAAGGAAAGUGCCCUUACGACCCUGCCAAGGGUCAUACAGGCCUCAUUGUAGACAAAGAGUUGUACUCCGCCACCCUUAAUAACUUUCUGGGCACUGAGCCCGUGAUCCUGAGGAACCUGGGACAGCAACAUUACAGUAUGAAGAGUGAAUACCUACCUUCCUGGCUCAAUGAACCAAAUUUUGUGGGAUCAGCGCUGGUCCGGGAGAGCCGGAACAGUAAAGAUGGAGAUGACGAUAAGAUCUACUUCUUCUUUAGCGAGAGAGCAGUGGAGCUGGACUGUGAUAGUGAUCUGACCGUGGCACGGGUGGCACGUGUUUGUAAGGGAGAUCUGGGGGGCACACGGACCCUACAGAAAAAGUGGACCACCUUCCAGAAGGCUCAGUUAAUGUGCUCUCUCCCAGAGCGUCACAUCACCUUUAAUAACCUGCGGGCCGUCUUUACCCUGCCUGGAGCGGACUGGAGGAGCACUAGUUUCUACGGCAUCUUCCAUGCACAGUGGGGGGAUGUGGAUGUGUCGGCUGUGUGUCAGUACCAGAUUGGGGAGGUGAAAACUGUGUUCGAUGGGCCGUAUAAAGAAUACAGGGAGUCGUCUCAGAGAUGGGGCCGGUACACUGGCACAGUGCCCAGUCCACGACCUGGAGCGUGUAUUACAAACUUUGAUAGAGAAAAUGGCUACAACAGUUCUCUUCAGCUGCCUGAUGCUACACUGAACUUUGCCAAAAAGCAUCCACUAAUGGAGCUGAAGGCGGAAGCUCGCCCCCUGCUGCUUACUAAAGGGAUUAACUUCACCCGCCUCGUUGUGGACAGAGUGAGCUCACUGGACCAAAGAUCCUACAGCAUGCUCUUCAUAGGGACAGCGGAUGGAUGGCUCCAGCGUGUUGUGAUUUUGGGUUCAGAGGCCCAUGUCAUUGAAGAGAUCCAGCUGUUUGAUCGUCGGAAACCAGUGGACAGCCUCACCAUCUCUCACAGCAAAAAGUAUUUGUACAUUGGCUCACGUUCUGAGGUUCUUCAGCUGCCCUUGGCCAACUGCAGCCGGUAUCAUUCUCAGCCAGACUGUCUGCUAUCGAGAGACCCGUACUGUGCCUGGGACAGCGAGGGACGCGCCUGCGUCCGCAUUGACCUCCACCGCGGCUCCGCAUCCACUCUCUCCCAGGACCUCAUGCUGGAGAGGUUCAACCGAGGAAAAGCAAAGUUUGACAAGCCGGCCUCCAUUCCCAGCCCUGAUCAUUCUAGGUUGAGAAAUGUCACCGUGGUCGUUGGAUCAGAUCUGGUGCUACCUUGCAAUCUGGUUUCGAACUUGGCUCAACCCUUCUGGGAACUAAAUGAACGUGAGCUCGCUCUGGUAGAAGGUGAGGCCAUGGGACCAAGAUUCGACCGAGCCCUUCACGCCCUUGUUAUCCCCCAAGCCGGUUCCCUUCAAGCAGGCCGGUACAUCUGCUAUUCAGAGGAGCAGGGAGUGAAGUUCCAGAUGGAAAGAUACCAGGUCGCAGUGGUGGCCAGCGCACCUGUCUUCAUGGAGGCCCGGCCCGAUGGCAGCAUGGGUUUAUUCUGGGUACUUGUGAUCACCUUGGGCGCUGUUUGUCUGUUGCUGCUUAUUGCUUCCCUGUACCUUCGUAGAAGACUGAAGCUAGCCCUAGGCAAAGGGGCUGAGAUGAAGCCACUGGAGAGCACCUUAGUGUACCCCAUUACCUUACCCAAAGAGCCGACCAGCCGCCCGCCAUUUGUACCCAGCAAAAUGGCCAAUGAUGAAGACCGCUUCUGGGAGACCGGGGCUAAUUAUUACUACUCGGAUGGGUCCCUGAAAAUUGUGCCCGGGCAUGCCAUGUGCUCUACCGGCAGCUCAGCCUCUCCCAGCACCAUUCCAGGUCAGCCUAUUCACUCACCAAGUAGAUUAAGCCUCACCAACAUCCGAAACUCAGGCACCAAUGGAUACAUCCGCCUGAAUUUAAGCACUGCCGGGGAGGAGAGAGGGAGUGGGGGAACAGGUAUAGGCAUGGGGAGCGGACUUGGGCUGGGCAGCCGAGAGAACGACUACUCUAGUCCGUUUAAAGAGGAGCUCCGGAGAACUCUGCAGCAGAGAAGCGUCCUGCCCGAUGCCAACCCCGAGGAGUCUUCUGUGUAGAUUUGAUAGAAACCACAGAAUACCUCUCCUACCUCCCUCCUGCUUGGGGAACUCUUUCUCCAUCCGUCUCUUCUCUUCUUGCGAACUAUUCCUUCUCUGCCGACACUUUUGCCAUGGCAAACAUCUUCCGUGCCACAAGGCCACCAUGCUUCACAACACUCCCUCCGAUUAUUCUGGAUCUCAAACUUCUAAACUCAAAGUUGCUCUUAGAAGGAGCCUCAACCAAGACUAAAAAAAAUCAUACAAACCUUUUGUAAAUGUCUGUAUUUAAAGGACCAGACAACAGGGCCUUGUGUUGAGCAUGGCUAACAGGCAAACACAGGUACAUCUCCGAGAGGAACCCGACGAGCCAAAUGUAGCUAUCAGUCUGUUCUAUGUAAGGCAGAGUCUGGCAACAGAUCGUAGUCAUUUGGCAAGCUGAAGGAUACAGAGCACUAUGCUCCUAUUUUGACAUCCAAGUUGUUUGCCUCAGUCCAGGCAGAUGUUUGGAACAGGUUUCUAGCACUCUUUGUGAGUGGAAAAGCAUGAGAGAGAAGACAAAGUGGACAAGCAAAAACUUCAAUUGCAAAAUGACAAUCACGCUUUUCUCGCAGGAGAGAAAAUUAGGAGAAAUUGUUAAAAAGAAGAGAGAAAAACAAUUGAGUGAGCUGUAAAACAGAAACAGAACUCGAAUCAUGGACAAAUGCUUUGCCUUUCUUUACAGCUCAAUACCUUUUUAUGUUGUCUUUUUUUUCCAGAGAAUGUGUCCUGAGACUUGCAGCACUAUUAAUAUAUUGUGAGGUUUUUCUGUCUGUUUAUUGCAAUUUUUAUAGAAGGAUUUUUUUUUACUAUUAUUAGUUUCAGCUCAAAUGUGAAAAGGAAUUAGCUUGUUCUUGUUCACCUCAAAAUCCAGGAUUACCAGUGGUUGUAGCAUGAGGGAGGUGCGAACAGAAUGUUGUACUAAGACUGAAUUGGAUGUUACAGCAAGUGCAUUAUUGUAUAUAUUUGGCUUGAACUGCCAAAUGAAGUGCAACCACAGUGUUUGCCUACAUGAUAAACCAGGUGAAUGAAGACACACGAUGGAAUGAAACUUCUGGAAUGGUUUAGAAGACUCCGCCUACGUUCUCAAGCCAAAUUAAUACUCAUGAACAGCUUCCUUCAAGGACUACGAGUAGCUGAGUUGUAUGUUUAUAAGUCCAGCUUAAAUGACCAAUCAGGCUGAUGAAAAACAGGUAAGACUACACCAAAAGAAAAUUCCAAUUAAAUUAUUAAUAAAAAAGAUUGAUAUUUCAAAUUUUCAGGGUUCCCACAGUCAUAAAAAACAGGAAAUAUCAGGGAAUUUUCAAAAAGUGAUUUCCAGGUCUAGAAAUGUCAUGGAAAUUGAUACAAUUUUAAAGGUCAUGGCCAUUUCUAUAGUGAAUAUACAACUUUAAUUUUGCUCAGCUCUAAAAUGAUCUCAUCAGCUAGAUUUUGCUUUUGUGUAGAGUAACAUUUGCUGGCAAGCCAUUAUGAUGUCCGAUUGGUGAAAACAUUUUUGGAGUUGAUUCUUGUCAAUAAAGAGGUCAAAAAGGUUCACAAAUGAUGAUUCUUUAGUGUGAAUGAUUCGUUAGUGAAUCGGUCUAAAUCUAAAUAAUUUUUACAAAUCUGUAUCCAGUAAUCACAAAUGCCUAGAAAAGGUCAUGCAAUUUUAUUGGUCAAAAAAGAAUGGGAACCCUGAAUUAGUAUUGUUUACUUUAAAUAACAUAAAACUCUCAACUAACAGGUUAUAUCUCUCUCUUAUCUCUUUCAGUAUGGGCUUUGCAACUUUUUAAAGGGAUAGUUCACCCAAAAAUGAAAAUUCUCUCAUCAUUUACUCACGCUCACACCAUCCCAGAUGUGUGACUUUCUUUCUUCUGUAGAACACAAAUUAAGAUUUUCAGAAGAAUAUUUCAGCUCAUUGUUCAUACAAUGCAAGUAAAUGGUUACCCAAAUUUGAAGCUCCAAAAAUCACAUAAAGGCAGCUUAAAAGUAAUCCAUAAGACUCCAAUAGGUUUUUACUAUAAAUCAUGGCAUCCUUGACAUCCAUGGCAUCCAUGUAGUUUCCUUGACAAACAUGGUUUAAAGCUCAAUUACACUUCCUGGAGUGGUGGUGGUGUAGUGGUCUAAAGCACAUAAUUGGUCAUCAGAAGGUCGCUGGUUCGAUCCCCACAGCCACCACCGUUGUGUCCUUGAGUAAGACACUUAAAUCCAGGUUGCUCUGGGGGGAUUGUCCCUGUAAUAAGUGCACUGUAAGUCGCUUUGGAUAAAAGUGUCUGCCAAAUGCAUAAAUGGAAAUGUCUUGCACAUGCGUCAAGCACUAGAAUCAUGAGCAUGCCAAGAGACUGCAUUGGCAAGAGGCACAGUAAAAAAAAUUACAUUUUGUCAUAUGGAAUGCUUUUACGCUACCUUUAUGUUUUUUGGGGAGCUUCAAAGAUUUGGUCACCAUUCACUUGCAUUGUAUAGACCUACAGAGCUGAUAAAUUCUUCUAAAAAUCUUAAUAUGUAUUCUGCAGAAAAAAUAGAGUCAUACACAACUUGGAUAGUAUGAGGGUGAGUUAACAAUGAGAGACAAAACACAAAACAGGGCGAAAACAGAAAGCCGAGGGCAUUUCAUUCCAUUGACCGUGAUUGUGAAGACAAAUGAAGGAGAUAAAGAUUUUUCAUGACCCUGCGGGUGAAGAGGCACUUCGAUGGUCAUCACCAGGCCCAUAUUCUGUUGCAUGAUGUUCUGCAAAAUAUAUUGUAUACGUUUCAACAAUACAACAAUAGUCUCAUACUAUAUAUUAAAAAAGAAGACAAGUUUCUUUAACUGUGCCUCUUCACCAUGGGUGAAGCCAAAGCAGACUGCAGACAUGUUCCUUCUCUUUCUCUUUUUUAUAUCCUUCUCUUUUUUAUGUUCUGGAGUUUGUCCAUUGCACAGAACUAAAGUGUUGUUGUCUGAAAUCUUUGUUACUACUAAUCUUGUUUUGGUGGAAUGCUAUUCUUUGUGGCACGAUAGCUUUACAGUUUUCUCAAGCAGCUUUCCAUACUGCCAUUAACUCCGUUCUAGUCUAUGAUCGAAUCUGUGCUGCACAGCAUACAAGGGAAGUUUACACUGGUUAGAAAAGAUCUUUGUACUAAAAGGUAUGUUCAAAAAACAGAACCCUUUCUGCAAGGACUUCUCAGGGUGGACUUCUGACUAUCGAAAUUUUGAAAUUCUUAAUUUCACUCAUUGCUUUGAUAAGCCUGUUUAAUGACCUAAAGUCAUGUUUAAUAAUGACAAUUUCAGAGAGAUAACCAGAAUGUGUUGUAUAUGCUUGUUAGCAUCAUGCAUGGCUUUUUUUUGUACUGACUUGAACCUGCUUCCCAGUAUUUCCUUUCCUUUGAAAAAAGAAAUACAUGCAGUCAACUCAGUUCAUUUCAUCUCACGUGGCUUUAAAUCUGCUGUUUCUUUGUGGUUGCCUUUUACAUUUUUUUAUUUUCUUGCAUUUAAAUAAAAAACUGUGUUGCUCUUUUUUUUUUUAAGUAAUAAUGUUAAGUAAUUUAUUUCGCUUGUACAAAAAGUUGAUAUUUAUUAUCAUUGUACAUAUGCCCUUAUUUUUUAUAUAUGUAUAUAUCUACAGAAAAUAAAAGAUGAG